GGGAACGCUCGUUUGUUUCCAAGAGGAUUCCCAACCAGCGAGCCGCCGCCCAAGAACGUUAAAGCGUCGGGCGGAGGAGGAGGAGGAGGAGGAGGAGAAGAAGUGUUAACCACGUGACCGGCAGCCUUAAAAGCGGGCGAAGACGGCGCUUUCCCGCGUGGGAUUCUAGAACUCCGGAGGUUCGGUCCCGCGCGGUGCGCGCUUUCUUUUCAGCUUCGUGUAGUUUCUCUCGAAGGCGGAGUUUCCGUUGGAGCUCGUUGGGUGGGUUGAGGGUGAGAAAAGAUGGCAAAUGACUGGGCUCAGGUUUCUAGAGUACCUAGUUUUGCUCAAAUGUUGAAGAAGAACUUGCCUGCCCAGCCACCCCAACCUUCUGCCCCGUCUUCGUCUCACAGUAGUUUGUUUCGGCAAGCGGAGAAUGCUAAACCGAUGUUUUUAAUCCCAGAAACAUCCAGUGUAUCAAACUUGGCGUCUAAGGUGACCCCUAUUACAGGUCAUGACUAUCAAUAUACUAAAACUGUUCCUAUAGUUCCAAUUACUUCACUUCCCCCCAAGAAAAUUCCAAAGGAAUUUAUUGCAAAAUACAAGCGAGGGGAGAUCAAUCCAGUCUCAGCUUUGCAUCAGUUUGCACAAAUGCAGCGCGUACAGCUUGAAUUAAAGGAAACCGUGGCAACAGGAAAUCUCUUGGGAACUUACUUUGCUUUUUGUGCUGUAGUUGAUGGCAUUCAGUAUAAGACUGGAUUGGGCCAAAAUAAAAAGGAAUCAAAAUCAAAUGCCGCAAAACUUGCUCUUGAUGAACUUCUGCAAUUGGAAGAGGCAGAACCAAAAGCUUUGGAAAAACCAGGUCCUGUCAGAAAUUUUGCUGAAACUAUACAUGCAGCCAAACCUCAAAUAACAGAAAAUAUCUAUUUUACAAAGAUUCAUUAUGAGGGGCAGCAUCUCGCACAUAGAAAAAUUUCUCAAGUUGUCAGAGAAACAUUCGAUAAUUUGGUGGAUAAGUAUCCUGAGUACCAGAGUUGUAGCAGUUCAGUAGCUGCCUUCAUAAUUGAAAGAGCUACAAAAUAUGAAGUGGUAGCUGUUGGAACAGGUGAAUUUAACUAUAGCCAAUGCAGUCAUCCUGAUGGAAGAGUGUUGCAUGAUAGUCAUGCAGUUGUUACUGCAAGGCGCUCUCUACUUAGGUAUUUUUAUAGACAGCUUUUGCUUUACUACAGUAAAAAUCCUGCUAUGAUGGACAAAUCCAUAUUUUGUACUGAACCAACAUCUAACCUGCUUACAUUAAAACCAAAUAUAAAAGUAUUUCUCUACAUGAAUCAGUUGCCAAAAGGAUCUGCUCAGAUAAAGUCCAAGUUACACCUCAAUCCAAACUCAGUAUCUGCAUUUGAAGCUGAUGAAGAAUUGUGUCUUCAUGUGGUUGUUGAAGGCAAGGUUUAUCUCACAGCUUUUUGUCCUGCUGAAAUUGCCACAAUAAGCAGCAUGUCUACCAGUGAUAAACUGACAAGGUGGGAAGUAUUGGGUGUUCAAGGAGCCCUACUAAGUCACUUCAUUCAGCCAAUUUAUGUUAGCACAAUAAUUCUUGGGGACGCAAACUGCUCUAGUACAAGAGGAUUAGAAAUAGCCAUCAAACAGCGCAUAGAUGAUGCACUUAGUAAAAAACUUCCCAUGUUCUACCUUGUGAAUAGACCUCAUAUUAAUUUGGUAACUGCUGCAUACGCUGUGCAGAUUGACCUGGACCAUAGGUCUCUUAGUCUGAAUUGGUCACAGGGGGACUUAUCCCUGGAGGUGAUAGAUGGAUUAAAUGGAAAAAUCAUUGAAAGUUCACCCUUCAAAAGUGGUAUUUCAAUGGCAAGUCGUCUUUGCAAAGCUGCAAUGUUAAGUCGCUUUAAGUUAGUGGUUAAAGAAUCAAAGAGAGAAGAUUUACUUAAAGCAACAACUUACCAUGAAGCAAAGAUUAUGGCAGAAUCUUACCAAGGGACAAAAUAUUUGCUGAAAUCCUAUUUGGAGCAACAUGGUUAUGGGUCUUGGAUUGUGAAGUCUCCACACAUUGAAUAUUUCAGCAUGUAAAGGUUAAUGUACCAGCUCUAUGACCUAAAAAAUAAGCUUUUGCUCUUCAGAAGAAUUUUGUAAUUGGUUAAUGAUUGUGGAUCAGUGUUGACCAGUAAUAUGAGCUGAUAGAUAAAAAAAAUGUGCAUAAACAUAAGCAAAAUAAAUAUACUAUUUAGUUAAUAUAUGCAGGUCUUUUUAUUUCUUUGUCAGUGUAAAAAUAAUAAAAGUUGAAUUAGUUUAUGCUAUGUACUUGGUGCAACCUGCUAUCUCAAAGACUGAAUUUGAGGAGUACCUUUGGGAAAACAUAGUGUGGUUGACAAUAGUUUUGAUCUGUACCAUGUUAUACAAUAGUAGAACCAGCUAUAUGUCAUUGACUUGCUUUCUGAAAAGUUAUGUGCAAUUCUGGCAUAAAAAGCCACAGUUCACCUUGUUAAUCAUAUUGAAACUUUGUGGGUUUAAAUCCCUUUUCAGUUGUGGGACUUAAAUUUAUCUGCAGGAAACUACACAAAUUAUGCUUGCAUUACAAGAGUAAACGCCUACAAAUACAUUUUGAACAAAGUGUGUUAUCUGUUUGCUGUAUAUUAUGGAAUUAAUUCUGUAACUUGUAGAACUUUCAAACAAUAUUUGGCUCAUUAAUAUAAACAACUUAGAAAAUGUAUUGGGUAUCUCAAAAUAUUUAAUUUGUAAUUUGAUUCCUUUGUUUUUCUUAAUACUUAAAGUGAAUAUGGAUACUGCUUUGUAUCAUAAUACUACACUUUAUUUCUAGUAAAAUAAGCAUGAUUUGACUAAUUUUUGAGAGUAUAGUUCAUUAAUAUACUGAAACACUCCAAGCCCAUAAAAUACUUUUUGCUGGAAAAGGGCAACAAGCAAGAAAACGCAAAACUACAAGCAAAAGAGAAUAUUCCUUAGAAGUUAAACUAUUUUGAGGGUGGGACAACCUUUAGAGUUAAAUAUUUUCAUUGAAAUGAAAAUUGAAAUAUUGAACAUAGAAAAGUGUUAUAGAAUGGCCCUAUGGAACAGUUAAAACUAUUUGAAGGAGUAAAUCUUACAACCACUUUAAUCGAUAAUUCACUUUAUGGAUUUGUCUUUAGUUUAAGAAAGAAUCUUCAUGAUGGUUACUGAAAAUGAUUGUUUAUGCAAUUGUACAUGAAUGCAAAGUAUUUGCCUUGUAGAGACCAUACCUCUCAUAAAUGAUUUCCUUUUAUUUGUGGACCAACCAAACCACAAAGUCAAUUUUUUUUUAUUUUUUUUUUGUGAUUAGACUUCCUAUGUUUAAAUUUGGCAUAAGAAUUUGUAUACAAGCAUUUUUACUUUAUUUCAUUGUGUGUAUUGAAAUCAAUAUAUAAUAAAUUUAGCAAUAUUCAAUGUU